AUGAGAAGACCAACAACUUCUUCUACUUCUGCCACUGGUUCUCGUGCUUCUUCUCUGAACGCAUUGCCUCCUGGAGGAACUUGCGAGUGUGGAGAAUUGAUUUUGCACCUGACCUCACACACUCCUAAGAACCCAGGUCGGAGGUUCUGGAGAUGCAGGAAUUUCGAGACAUCUAAAGAUUGUGGGUUUUUCUUGUGGGAUGAUUUUGUCCAAGGGCAAGGUGCUGAAAGACAACCAGACCUUGAAUUACUGAAAAUAAUGCAUGAAUUGGAGGAUUUGAAGAGGAAACAUGAUGAAUUGAGCAGAAAAUUGGAAGAAAGCAAGAAGAAGAACAACAAACUGCAAAGGAAGCUUGACUGUGAAACCAUGAAGAAUAAUGUGGCCUUUUUUAGUGUUGGCUUUGCUGUGCUGUUGUGGGUUGUAGGAUUAGGGUUGUUCUUCACUUCUGGGAAAUUCAAGUAG